AUGGAGUUGGAGUCAUCAUGUGUUCCUCCAGGGUUCAGAUUUCAUCCUACGGAGGAAGAACUCGUGGGAUACUAUCUCAAAAGGAAAGUCGAGUCGCUGCAAAUAGAUCUUGAUGUUAUUGUUGACAUUGAUCUUUACAGAAUGGAGCCUUGGGAUAUUGAAGGGAGGUGCAAAUUAGGAUACGAAGAACAAAACGAGUGGUUUUUCUUCAGUCACAAAGAUAGAAAGUACCCUACAGGCACACGGACCAAUAGAGCUACCUCAGCCGGCUUCUGGAAGGCAACAGGAAGAGACAAGGCGGUGCUAUCAAAAGACAGGAUCAUCGGAAUGAGAAAAACCCUUGUUUUCUACAACGGACGUGCACCCAAUGGCCGGAAAAGUGACUGGAUUAUGCACGAAUAUCGCCUCCAAUCGUCUCACAAUGCUCCCGUUCAGGCAAAAGGCUGGGUGGUUUGUCGGGCGUUCAAGAAACCAAGUCCAGUUCAAAAACAAGGGUUUGAACCCUGGAACAAUGGUUACUACAUUCGGAACAACAAUAAUAUUAGACCACUUCCACCGAUUAAUGAUACAUUUAAUUCCUCCCAAUCCCUCCACUCAAAUCAAUCCAUGGUAUCACAUAAACUACCCUUAAAUGAUCAAGAUCAACAACUUUCUGCAAAUCACUUCCUACUUGAACAUUCAAAUAUCGAUAGUCCUUCAGCUUCAAGAAGCUUUGCAACAAACGAAGAUCAUGACUAUGAGAGUGGAAUUGAUUUUAACCACUAUGAUAAUGAUUGGAAGAACAUAGAAAAUUUACUUGGGUCCGAAUUAAACAAACCCUCCUCGUUUCCCUAUUCAACCAUGCCAUUGAUCGCCCACAAUCAUGAUAACAAUGAAUUCGACUCUAGUGAUCAAACCAGCCACCUUUUUGGAUGCUUUUCUGACUUGUAA